CUUCAUCCCCCCUUUUCGCGAAAUCAAGACUGGAUAUCUAUCUGGAUUCUGUACUCUUUCCUUCCAUUGCAUACAAUCAUGAGUAGUACCACCACCAUACCACCACCAUACCACCACCAUACCACCAACCUACAAAGUCUAGCCCUACCUACAAACCCCACGCAGACUUCCCUUUCUGUAUUCAAGCAGGAAAUAUCGUAUCAAAACCAGAGCCACUUCAUCCACCAACCUCGUGUCCUUCAAUGGCAUGGAAAUACAUAAUGUGAAGUCGUAAGAUGAACUGGUACGUGCUUCUGACAUUCAUACAUGAUACGAGGUGGUGGAAGUCGCCGAUCCAAGCUUUCAUCGAUCUUCGUAUCAGAAAACAUCACGAGAUGUGAAAUGUAGUGUGGCAGAAGACGCCACAAUCUUGAAUCAUCGGUGGUUUGAUGAGCUUGGUGCCGAUCAGACAUCAACAAUUACAUUGUGCUAAUGCUGGCACCAAGGUAGUCUGAUGGCAUAUAUAUAUACUCAACAUUACCUAUUGUCAGCAGAAACCUCAAAUAUGAUUGACUUUGCGAUGGUUGUUUCAAAGGAAAGUCAUAAAGGUCAUAUCCCAGCUUGACUAUUAUUCGCAAGGAAGUUUCCACAAAUGAUUCGGGUUACCACAGUUGGUAAUCCAUCAAUCUUUGACCUGUGCGCUCAACCAAUUAAUGUCUACCCACAAUUGCAGACAGCAUAGGCACGAAGUAUAUGUAUGACUUUGAGACGAUGCGUACUGAGCAAGUUGGAUCGAUGGGCGAGAUUUACUCUCUGGCGAAGCUGGUUUUGAUCUGGUUGGGUGAAGGUUUUGAAGGAGUGAUUAGGCUCUUAUCUUGAUGUCUAAAAUUGAUGACGCGGGUGAGAGUGAAGUUGAAAUUACAGACGAGAUGUCAGAGAUGUCCCAAGCUAUGCUUUCAUUUUUUAUACCGCCCGUUGAGAGGAAAUGGUUUGCUUGUCUUUGGACGAUACAAGAAUUGGUGCUAGCGAAUUAGGAUCCUCUUGUUGGUUGUGAAUUUACUCGGACAACGUGGAGUUCAUUGCUGAAGUUAUGAGAAAACGUGGUGACGAUCAAAUCCACAAAGAUUAUAGAGGAAGCAGGCCUCGAGAACAAGAAUGAAAAUAGUACCACUGAUGCUUCGAGUAUCCUCAUAGUACUAUCAGAAUCUAUAUUCUCAAUAAUUUACGCAUCCAGUUGCCAAUAAACAAGGUGAAAAGCUCCAGGAUUUAUCACUCAACACCAUUCAUCCAAGGCGACAGACCCAAAGACAGAAUAUACGCCUUACUAGGCAUGAUGCGUCCCAUAGACCGACAAAUCCUCACUAUAGAUUGCGACCGACCUUUAGGAAAGGUUUACCCAGAAGUCAUAUCCCCCAUCUUUCACAAAAUGCAAGGUGAAUUUCUUCUCUUGGGCAUAGAAAUAACAGGUCCAACAACAAAUAUCUCACCAACUCUUCCACGUCGAAAACCUAGUCCACAAACCACAGCGCCUCCCAACCCUCCACUCAAACCAUCGCCCCUAUCCCCAUCUUCAAAACCAAGAAUCUGUAUGGAGAACCAGCAGCGCCGCACGCGAAGUAGCACCAAAUCCUCCAGCGAGAUGUACGAAAUUCUACCGAGUAAAAAUAAGCAGAACCAUGAUCUCCACGCCAAUACCUCCCCGGCCCAUAAGCCCUCCGGUCCCCAAGAAAUAACCUAAGCCCCUCUACCCUCCACCCUCCUAACCAACCCCAAACACCACCUUCCCUAUAACCAGCAUCUGUUUCCACAGCCUAGCACCUAGCACCUAGCACCUAGCACCUAGCACCUAACACCAUCAAACCCAAAGCAUAAGCAACUAACUCUCUAUUCUAGCUUACCUGCUCCUUUCAUUUUACACCGAGGAAGAAAAAAGGAAAAGGAGAAGCAGGUAGAAAGAAGCAGAUGUAGAUAUACAAAAAAGAAAACAAGGAAAUAUCCAAUAUACUCUCUAUUGUACACCUAGGUAUACAUCUAGUCUUAUACGGGGAAUGGGGGAGAAUUAGUAUCUAGGUAGUUAAUGAAGUUUAUUGCGAGGAUUGAUGAUCCGAGGAUGGUAUUUUUAAAUUAUCUUUUGCUACCUUUCGCCUAGGUACUU